AGCCAAGAAAGGAAACCCCUCAGCACCCGGGGCUUCAAGAGGGCUCGACAGCCAAGCGAUCCAUGUGUUUGCCAACAACUUGUAACCAAGCCUGCAAGCAAGGGUGGAAAGUGUCGCGUUCGCCAUCUCACAGACUCACACUCGCUUCCAGCUAGGUUCGUUCAUAUGGCUGCAGCAGGGUGGUUCAUCGUCGUCUGCGGCGGCGGCAGCCUCGCCCUCGACGUCACGGCGCUUGUCUUGGCCGUCCUCGCGGAGGAGUGCGUCCCCGGGGUGAUCCAGUUCACGCUCGAGGACCCACACCAGAGGUUAUGCAUGCUGCUGCUGCUGCUGGCCGUCCCAGUUGGUGCGUUGCUGCUGCUGGUCGAGUCGUGCUGGCUAAAGUACGAGCAGCAGCAGCAGCCGCCGCCCCCGCCGGCCGAUGUCACGCUCCUGGUCGUCCUGAUCGUGCUCCAGUGGCUGAUCACGUUUGUCGCCGUCGGAGCGGCGUCCUCCGCGCUAAUCGUGGACCUCGUCGCCACGCCCGUGUGCGCGUCGUACCAGCUCGCCGCCGACGGGACGGCAUGUGCCGGCGGGGCUCUCGCUGCGGCGUCGGCGGUCGGGCUGCUCUGGGUCCUCUGGUCCCGGUUGCACCAUGCCCAGGCGCCUCCGCAGGCUCAAGCCUAA